AGCAGCAGCGGGAGGAGGCGCCCACCUGCACCUGCCUGCAUCUCCCAACUCCUCCGCCCCGUGCAACUGCCGGCAGCCAAGUGCCAUUAAAGCCGGCGGCCAGGAGGAUGCCUCACCUGGGUCCCCUCUGCUGGGAGAGGCAGGGCAAGCCUGAGGAGAAUUCCCAGUGAAGGACUCAGAACUCUGCGAUUUCUCUUCUGCCACAGGCUGAGAAGCAUCCAAGGAACUGCUCCACCUGAGCUGCGCCCAGGGCAGGAGGAUGGGAGACCGGGAUUGAGAGGACCCGAAAUGGACAGAGGCAGCUGGGAUCUCAUUGGUAUUUUUAGAAGACUGCUAUUUAAUGCCAUUCAAGUCCUGCCAAGCAUCAUUUCUGUAUGACUACCACAAAAGGAUUACUUUACAGAAACAGCUGCCUUUUUGGAGAGUGUGAUUUGGACCCUGAUUCAGAAAACAGGGUUUUCUUCAAUGAGCAAGCAUCAGUGCUGAUUACCACCCUGUGAUCCAGAAGAGUCCGGUGACCAAGCAUGGCUUCCUCUUGGAAACUAAUCCUGUUCCUGUCUGUGACCAGGUGUCUUUCAGAGAACUCUGAAGCUCUUUCCAGUGUUCCUACUUCGUAUGCUGCUUUGCUAAGAAUUAAGAAGAGUUCAGCCUCAUCUGCCUUUGGUUCCAAGACCAGACCACGGUACAGCAGUCCUUCCUUGGGAACCCUGAGUGUUUCUCCACCCAGCUGGCGAGGUGCAGCUCAGCUGUACCACUCCCCAGUCAACCUUUACCAUUCCUCAGAUGCCUUCAGACAAGAUGAAAGUGUGGAUUAUGGGCCAGUAUUUGUGCAAGAACCUGAAGAUGUCAUUUUUCCAACUGACUCUGAUGAAAAGAAGGUCGCCCUGAAUUGUGAAGUUCGUGGCAACCCUACUCCUACUUACAGAUGGCUCCGGAAUGGAACAGAAAUCGAUCUGGAAAGUGAUUAUCGCUACAGUUUGAUAGAUGGAACCUUCAUCAUAAGCAAUCCAAGUGAAGUUAGGGAUUCCGGGCUUUACCAGUGUUUAGCCACCAAUACUUUUGGAAGUAUUCUCAGUCGAGAAGCCACACUUCAGUUUGCCUAUCUGGGAAACUUUAGUGGCCGGACAAGAAGUGCAGUCUCUGUGAGGGAAGGCCAGGGGGUUGUUCUGAUGUGCUCCCCGCCGCCUCAUUCUCCAGAGCUCAUCUAUAGCUGGGUCUUUAACGAGUUCCCCUCCUUUGUGGCGGAGGACAGCCGGCGGUUCAUAUCCCAAGAGACAGGCAACCUUUAUAUUUCUAAAGUGCAAACAUCAGAUGUUGGCAGCUAUAUUUGUCUGGUGAAAAACGCCGUGACGAAUGCUCGAGUGCUCAGUCCUCCUACACCGCUCACUCUGCGAAAUGAUGGUGUGAUGGGAGAAUAUGAGCCGAAAAUUGAGGUCCAUUUUCCUUUCACGGUUACGGCUGCUAAGGGAACAACUGUUAAGAUGGAAUGCUUUGCGCUUGGCAACCCUGUUCCGACAAUCACUUGGAUGAAGGUUAACGGUUACAUUCCCAGUAAGUCCAGACUGCGGAAAUCCCAGGCUGUGCUGGAGAUCCCCAACCUGCAGCUGGAUGAUGCUGGAGUAUACGAAUGCACAGCAGAGAACUCCCGUGGAAAAAACUCCUUCCGUGGACAGCUACAAAUAUACACAUACCCACACUGGGUACAGAAACUGAACGACACCCAGCUGGACAGUGGGAGCCCUCUGCAGUGGGAAUGCAAGGCUACUGGAAAGCCCAGGCCCACAUACCGCUGGCUGAAGAAUGGAGCACCCCUCCGGCCACAGAGCAGAGUGGAUACAGUUAAUGGAGUAUUGGCGAUCCAUAGUGUGAACCAAUCAGACGCUGGAAUGUAUCAGUGUUUGGCUGAGAAUAAAUAUGGAGCUAUUUAUGCGAGCGCUGAGCUGAAGAUCCUAGCCUCACCACCCUCUUUUGAACUGAAUCAAGUGAAGAAAACAAUAAUUGUUACCAAAGACCGGGAAGUCCUCAUAGAGUGUCGACCUCAGGGCGCUCCCAAGCCAACCAUCUCCUGGAGGAAGGGAGACAAGUCAGUGAGAGGCAGCAAAAGAAUAGCUAUUCUUCCAGACGGAAGCCUGCGGAUCGUAAAUGCUUCUAAAGCAGAUGAGGGCAAGUACAUUUGCCAAGGGGAGAACAUCUUCGGUUCCGCAGAGAUUAUAGCUUCCUUGUCUGUCAAAGAACCCACAAGGAUAGAGCUUACUCCUAAAAGAACAGAGUUAACUGUUGGAGAGAGCAUUGUCCUCAACUGCAAAGCCAUCCACGACUCCAGUUUGGAUGUCACUUUCUAUUGGACACUACAGGGACAACCUAUUGACUUUGAGAAAGAAGGUGGACAUUUUGAAAGCAUCAGGGCUCAAGCAUCCUCUGCAGAUUUAAUGAUCAGGAACAUCCUUCUGAUGCAUGCUGGGAGAUAUGGCUGCAGGGUACAGACCACAGCAGACAGUGUGUCAGAUGAGGCAGAACUUCUUGUUAGGGGUCCCCCAGGCCCACCUGGGGUGGUCAUCGUGGAGGAGAUCACAGAAAGCACAGCCACUCUCUCAUGGAGUCCAGCAACUGACAACCACAGCCCUAUCUCCUCCUAUAACCUGCAGGCUCGCAGCCCUUUCUCCCUGGGCUGGCAGACAGUGAAGACAGUCCCAGAAGUCAUCACAGGAGACAUGGAGUCAGCGAUGGCUGUGGACCUAAAUCCCUGGGUAGAAUAUGAAUUCCGAGUGGUGGCCACCAAUCCAAUAGGGACAGGGGAUCCAAGCAUUCCAUCUCGAAUGAUCCGUACAAACGAGGCAGUUCCAAAGACAGCUCCCAGCAAUGUGAGUGGAAGAAGUGGAAGAAGGCACGAAUUGGUUAUCGCCUGGGAGCCGGUGUCAGAAGAGUUUCAAAAUGGGGAAGGCUUUGGCUACAUCGUGGCGUUCAGACCCAAUGGAACACGUGGCUGGAAGGAGAAGAUGGUGACGUCUUCUGAGGCUUCAAAGUUCAUUUACCGAGAUGAAAGUGUCCCCCCGCUCACACCCUUUGAAGUCAAAGUUGGUGUUUAUAAUAAUAAAGGUGAUGGACCCUUCAGUCAGAUUGUGGUCAUCUGUUCAGCUGAGGGAGAACCCAGUGCUGCCCCCACUGAUGUCAAGGCUACGAGUGUAUCUGUCUCAGAGAUUCUCGUUACGUGGAAACAUAUUAAGGAGAGUCUCGGAAGGCCACAGGGGUUUGAGAUUGGUUACUGGAAAGAUAUGGAGCCAGAAGACUCUGCAGAAACAGUCAGAACCAGAGGGAAUGAGUCAUUCGUCAUGUUGACAGGACUGGAAGGCGACACCCGCUAUCACCUCACUGUCAGGGCUUACAAUGGAGCAGGAUACGGACCACCCAGCGGGGAAGUGAGUGCCACCACCAAGAGACGCCCUCCAAGCGAGCCUCCUGGCAACCUCAGGUGGGAGCAGCAGGGGUCUCAGGUUUCCCUAGGCUGGGAGCCAGUCCGACCUUUAGCCAAUGAGUCUGAAGUCAUGGGCUACAAGUCUGACUCCUGAUACUCACACCUCAACCUCCCAACUGCUGGGAUACAGGCAUGUACAACCGUCCUCAGCUACUCAUCCGCCUUUGGUGUGUCUUGCUUCACCUAUCUUCUUAUCCCUGGGGCUUUAUAACCCUUAACCGAUAUCAUUGGUCCCAUCAACUUUUCCCAAGAUACUAAGCUGAGGAAUGGCCUUCCCCUUGACAGGAUGCCAACUUCUCAGGGGCAUCAGUGGGCAUCAUCAACAUGUUUUCAUUAUAUUUUCUGCACACCAACCUCAACACUCUGUUACCACCAUAUACUUUAAACAGCCAUUUUCUUUUAAGAAUAGCAGUACCAGCCUGGCAAAACGGUGCAGCAAUAAAGGGACUUGUGCCCAAGACUAUCUAGCUCAGUUCUAUCCCUGGGACCCACACAGUAGAAGGAAAGAACUAACUUCUGCAGGUUGACAUCUGACCACUACACAUGCAAGUACAUACACACACACACACACACACACACACACACACACACACACACACACACACACACACACAAACAAUAAAUAAAUAAAAUAUAAGCCUUUUUAAAAACAGUAGCAACACCAAUUAAAUCUUUAUUAGGAUCUUCUAUUUGGAUAAUCUAAUAUUCUUAUUUGUUUUUUAAGUAGAAUUUGAAACUCAUCUUGACAUUACAGUAGGCAGUUUAUUUUAUGAAUAAAGAUAGCUGUCAGUGUAACUGCCAAUCUAGAAAUGCCCAGAUUGUCCAAGAACUCCCUAGCCGCCUCAGUGUUAGCAACUAUUUUGUCAUGUCUUUAUAACUCUUUUGUCUUUUUGUAUUUCUUAUUCAUUUUUCUAAAUCAGGGCUUUCAACUGGGCCAAGAUGCUCCAAAGUACUGAAGAUUAACCAUUAGUUUAGUUGACUUUAUUUGGUGAAUGUCUUUACUGAUACGUGUUACUUCUUCCUACAUGUCAAUAAAAGCCACACUUAAUCUCAGACUCUCUCUGCAGCUACUAACUGACAUUUAAUAUAUUUUUGCUGUUUCUAUCAUCUGUUCCUAAAUCUCAACUGAUCCACAAGUUUUCCUCCACCUCUGUAUUUUAUAGCAAUGUGUGAUGUGCAUUGCUGGCUGCAUUUUUCUUUGUCAUAAAAAUUGUAAUUUAUUGAACCACAUUAACCAUGUCUUCUGAAAUAGUCACUCCUCUGCCAAUCCUUACCAAUUUACAUACAUCUCCAUUCUCAUAAAUUUGAUUUCUAAUUGCUACAUGCAGAUGAUAGGAUUAUAAUUCAUGACUGUUACAGUCAAAAUCAGAAUAAUGAAUUUUGAUAUAUUUGUGAUUUUUAAGCCUAAAGAAACUCCUGUAGCCAUCUUCCAAGAUUCACCAAAUCUAAACAUUCAUUCUGUGCAUUGCUUUGAUAUCAAGUGUUUCCCACUAUAGCACACACCACCCUUGGUUGUAGUGCAUAUUUCUCUCUGACAUUAGACUGUGUCAGGAAGCUACGUACCUGCAGUCUCUCUGAUGGAUAUUCAAGCAUAGUGCUCAGUCAGGUAAAGAUGUAGAAAUGUGCACAUCAUUUUUCAUGUCUAUUCAAGCUAGGGCAUCUUUUUCUAGAAAGGAUUUAAGUAUGUAAAACUAUAGAGUAUCAGAUACUCAAACAGGCAGUUUCCUAUAGGCCCAGAAGCAAAUUCAGAUCCAAGAAUGGGUGGAAUGUGUAUUACAUAAAAGCAAAGAGAGAAUCAUGUCACUUCAUACAUAAACAUAUAAAAUGCUGCUUUGGAGCUGAGUGUGGUAGCAUAUAUAGUAAUUUAAGCACCUGGAGGAGGAGGCAUGCAGAUCUCUGUGAGUUCAAGACCACACAAUUUACAUAGUGAGUCCUAGGCCAACAAAGGCUAAAUAGUGAGACCCUGUCUCAAAAAGCAAAGCAAUCAUAAAAUGCUGUUUUAGAAGCGGAGAGAUGAUUCAGUCAGUAAAGUGCCACACAAGCACGGGGACCUCACUUAGAUUCUGAGAACCCACUGUAAAAGCCAGACGUCUGAGGGGAUGGGGACAAGAGAAUCCCUGGGCCUUGGGUCAGACAGACCAUCUGAAUAUGGGAGUCUGUGGUCCUAGUGAAUGACUGUGUCUCAAAAAACAUGGUAGAUGACUCUUGAGAAAUUAUACCCCCAGCUUAGCCUCUGGGUUCUGCACUCACAUACACACAAACCUGAACACUUCCCACCCAACCCCACCCCAAAUUCUGCUUUUCAGGGGUUUAUUUUGUUGCAUGCAAGUUAGUUCAAGCUCAAGACAUGUUUUCUAUAAGAACUGUGUGUGUGUGUGUGUGUGUGUGUGUGUGUGUGUGUGUGUGUGUGUGUGUAUGAUUUAUCUUGCUUCAAGCACAUGAAAUUGAAACACUGUUCCACUGGCAGUCAACAAUGGUGGUAGUAUGAAUGACUUUUUCUUAUUAAGCUUAUAUGCACCAAGUUCCAUGCUCCAUUCUUUUCAUAUGCUCUUGCCCCUUUAGUUCUCCUAAAAAAAAUCACGAAAUAAGAGGCAUUAUUUCUACAAACAAAAGAGUGGAUUCAGGUUGGGAAAGGUCAGUAAUUUACCCAGUCAGGUGGAUGUGGGAAACUGGCUUGAUUAGGUUUCGUAGAAGACUGUUUUGAAGCCAUAUUUGCAUAAUGACCAAGCUUCUGAUAUUUUUUCCAUUAGACAAAGGAAUCAUAACACCAAUAAUUAUGAAAAUGCAUAAAACAAUGAAAAUAAAUAAAAAUGAACUCAAUAUAUCUUAACUGCUGCUGUUUGGCUAUUAUACAUGCUCCCCCCAAUUAUGCUAAACUAUUAUUGGAGGCAAAAGCAUAAGGAAAGCUUUGCAUAGUGGGUAGUUAGAAAAUGAUCAAUGCACAACACUCACCUCCUAAUGGAAUUCCUGCCUAACUUGCCACAGCCUUUUAGAAAGGAUCUCACUGCCUCUGCGGUCUCGGUUGUGUAGCAAACCAGAUAAUAUUGUGUCCAGAUUUGUGCAUCUGUUCGCCAUGCAAUGUGUUUAAUUAUGCAAUUAUGGAUGCAUGUCAAAAAAAAGUUAACUCUGUAUCCCACUGUCAUCCAAACACAAGUUCAUCAGUAUGUUAACUCUGCUAAAAUGAAAAUUGAAGUUUUGACUCUGAUUGUCAUUUAUUAAGAGUUUUGCUUUAAAUUUUGAGCAAUGUUCUCUUUAUACCUUUCCACUCAAGGAGCUUCCAAGCCAUUCUACACACUGUGGUGUCUCCACGCACGCAUCAUUAUAGUACACGUCACCCCAAUUUCACUUCUAAUUGUGUCUCUGGUAUUAGAGGAACUGCCAUGAACACAGGGAACAUGAGUUCUUGUUCUGUACACCACCCUUUUCAAGGACCAGGCUUCAACUUUCACUCGUGACUUACUGCCUGCUUCUCUAAUCUCAUUUCUCCUGUUCUUGUUUAUCAUGUGUUCUAUCCAAUGCAUGGGUAUCAUAGUUUCUUAUUAUUUUAAAUGUUUUGGGUUUGGUUUUUCCUAUUUUUAUUCUCUUAUAUCUAGAAAUCUCCAUUUAUUUUUAGAUUUUUUUUUUUUUGAGACAGAAUCUUACCCUGUAGCUCAGGAUUUUCUUGAACUAAGGGCAAUCUUUCUGCCACACACUCAAGUACUCAGAUUACUGGUGUGAACCACAUGUCUGCUUUCAAGCUGUCUUCAAACACUUAGCUUAGACAAAGGUCUUUCCUUGAUCUCUAGACACAUUCCCUUCUUGCAUUGCUAUUGCCCAUCUGCUCUUCCAUCACCACGUGUCACACUUGCAGCCCAUUUGCUUACGUAUCUAAGCAGUGGAGUCCUGUGCCCAACUCAGAGUGCAGUGUGUAGUUGGCAUUCAAGAAACAUUUGCAAUGUCCAACUGAAUAACAAGUCAUUCCAGCCUCUGUUACUAU